AUGUCUCAAUGUUGCAGCUCUAUUGCGCAGCUAUGCACAGAGAAACGAAUUCGGAUUAUUUUGAAUCGCAAGACUGUGCUGCAUGACACGCUGCUGGCGUUUGCUACGCUGACUCCUGAAGAUAUGGUGAAGCAGAUUCGUCUUCAAUUUAAUGGAGAGCCAGGUGUGGAUGCAGGCGGCUUGUCGAGAGAGUGGAUGGCUUUGCUCAUGAAGAACGUUUUCUCAAACGAUGAAAUCCCGAAGGUGAAAAUUACGGAAGAAAGAUUUGUAAUGCGAAUCGAUCAUGUGUCUCCCAAGGAUGACGAUCAAGAAACAAUCAAAUACUUUCGAGACACUUCAAUGAACACUCGAUCCUUUGUGAAUAUGUUUAUGUUCUUACGAUCACGUUUUCUCAUUUCUAGUCUCACUCCGAAUGGCUAUCUUCCCAACCCUGCUUUGAAUUAUCACCAAAACUACAUCGAUGAUCUCGAGCUUCCAAAAUGUGCUUCUGACGCCAUUUCCCAAAAUUAUCAGUUUGUUGGAAGGCUUAUCGGGCGAGCCAUUUUUGAUGGAAUUCCUCUGGGUGUUCAUUUCAAUCCUCUUUUAAUCAAAGCGAUUUUAUCGGUCCCAAUUGUUCGAUCGGAUAUUCAGUUAAUCGAUCCUACUCUUUAUCAUGGAAUGAAGCGAUUAGAAGACUCACUGGCUCAAGAUCCUUCUCUGGAGCAAUCUCUCGAGUUAACCUUUAGUGUUGAUAUUACGAAUUCUGUGGAUAUUGACAAUCCUUGCAUUGAAGAGAUGGAUCUGUGCAAAGGAGGGAGGAAUCGAUUUGUUUCAUCCGAGAAUAUUGAUGAAUACAACGAGCUCAUGUUGAAACACGCUGUUUAUGAUAAUUAUCGGAACAGUUUCUAUUUCAUUUUGAAGGGGAUUUUCGAAGUCAUUCCUCAGUUUUUCUUCUCUGUUUUUACGGAGUCUGAGCUGAGAACGGUCUUAGAGGGAGAAACCGUGAUUGAUGUGGAGGACUGGAAGCAAAACACUGUUUAUACAAACGAAUUCUGUGCCAAUCACCCCGUCGUUCGGAGCUUCUGGGAGAUUGUUGAAAGCUUCUCGAACGAGCAGCGAUCGUUACUUCUGUUAUUUGCUACAGGCUAUUCGUACCCUCCAAUUUUGGGGUUUUCGCACUUGAAGGGUCCGGAUGGGAGAACGAUGCCUUUCUGUCUCUCUCCUCUGCCUUUUGUUGUUCGAUCUGUUGACCCAGAGGCAGUUGUGGGCUACCAAAUUCGCUCGCACACCUGUUUUCAUAAAUUGGAAAUACCAUUAUUGGAUAAGAAGCAGUUGGAGCGUGUCAUUCUGGCCACAAUCCAAUCGGACAACGGAUGUUAUGGAUUUAAUGAAGAGUAA